AUGACUAUUAAUUCUAGUAGUAAUGCUGUUGGAUUCGAUCAGACCUCGAAAGGAUGGGGAUUGGCUGCAGAGACCUAUGGUGAAAUUAUGAAACAAACCAAUUUCACAAGAAUGUUUGCAAUUGAUUGCCUUGAUCUUACUAUUCCUGUUGAUGCUGUCAAGUCUGAUCUCCUCAUCUUGGAUAUUGCAUCUGGAUCUGGUGCCCUCUCGAUUCCUGCUGCUGAACGUGUCCAAAAGCAUAAUGGUCGUGUCAUUGCCACUGAUUUCGCACCAGAGAUGAUCGAUUUUCAAAACAGAGAAAUUGAAUCACUGCCAUCUGCUAUCCCAAUCGAAACCAAAAUCAUGGAUGGUCAGAAUCUCGAAUUUCCAGAUCAAACAUUUGACUUUUGCUACUCUGUGUUUGGAUUGAUCUUCUUUCCUAAUCAGAAAAAGGGUUUCACUGAAAUCCUUAGAGUUUUGAAGCCAGGUGGAAAAGUAGGUAUCGCCUCAUGGUCAGAAACAACAUUUUUGUCGAGACUGAUAGUCGCUACCAUGAAGAAAAUCUAUGGUGACAUUGGAAUGGAACCACCUUCGAAGCCCUACGCAAUGGUAUCGUUGGCCGAUCCAGUCUCUUUUGAAAAUUGUCUCAGAGAUUGCGGCUUUAAGAAUAUCGAAAUCACAACUACAGUCCACACCCUAAGAACUAACGACGUACCAGAGUUUGCCAGAUUCUACAAAAAUAAUCCGGUGAUCGAAGCUCUGAAAUUACAACUUCCAGAGGAAUUAAGAUUGAAAUUCGAGCCAACCUACCAAGAGAUUAUCAACGAAUCAUUUAAAUCCGGUGUUGUUGAAAUUGAAGGUAUUGCACAUAUUGCAGUUGCCCAAAAAUAA